AUUGACAGCUCUCCCGCUCAGGGGUGCCGCCUCAGGUUCAUCUCCUCCCUUUCGUUCCCUUCUCUCGGACUCUCUCCUCCCUUGCUCUUCCUUCCCUGGCGGCGACGACUGGGCGAGCGGCGGCGCCAUUUGUCCUGUCUUCGCCCAGCGCAUCCUCCAGGUUAUACGAAGACCAUUCUUUAUUGUUUGGCUUUCUUAAAAGUUUAAAUGGGAUCAGAAGGACCUUCAGUGGUGACUGUCCAUGUUACUGGAUUCAAGAAGUUUAUUGGAGUUCCUGAGAACCCAACUGAGAAAAUAGUGAGCAAUCUUCAAUCUUAUAUGGAAAAGAAAGGGUUGCCAAAAAGCCUUGUACUCGGAAGCUGCACAGUUCUCGAGGCUGCAGGGCAGGGUGCACUUGGCACACUAUAUGAAGUUUUAGAGUCUGCUAUUUCAGAUAGAAAGGAAGGGUCACAAAUAAUUUGGAUCCACUUUGGGGUCAGUGGUGGUUUACCAAGAUUUGCGCUUGAGAAUCAAGCUGUUAAUGACGCCACAUUCGCUUGUCCUGAUGAGUUAGGAUGGAAACCUCAGAGGGUCCCUAUUGUACCAUCUGAUGGAAACAUCUCACAGAUUAGAAAGACUACCCUUCCAGUUAAUGAAUUAGUCAAGAUGCUUCGAAAGAUUGGCCACGAUGUGAUGCGUUCAGAUGAUGCUGAUCGAUUUGUAUGCAACUAUGUGUACUAUCAUUCCCUCCGCUUUGCAGAGGAACAUGGCAUCAAAUCUCUGUUUGUGCAUGUGCCCCUCUUCUCGACAAUUGAUGAAGCUGUUCAGAUGCAUUUUGUUGCUUCCCUUCUUGAAGCUGUUGCUAGCUUGAACUAGACAACAACUUGUUUCCAGAUCAAUGGUUGUAUGAUGUAACCCACAAAUGUAAGAUGUUGUGGUCUUUGGUGUCAUUGUUGUUGCUCCAAAGGUUGUGUUAAAGGAAAAAAUAGGCUGCUUAUAGUGUUUAUACCUGUUGUGAAAUGUGGAAUUAAAAGUUUUCAAACGGCCCAAAUCCUAAAAAGUGGAAACUUGUUUCCAUAGGCUUGACGAAUGGGUUGGAAUACAUGCACCAAGUACAAGAAGACAAUUGUGGAUGAUGACAUUUUUGAACUUUAUUUUGCACCUUCUCUAGAGAAAAAUUCUUACUGUUUAUAGACAAGCAUAUACUCCACUGAUUCAAAAUGUAUGUCUUUUUGACUGAUGAUUUCUAAGAAAAUAUGAAAUUCCAAUGAAAGAUAAUUAUUUAGUUUCGGAAUA